GCCCAAGCGCCAGCCGGCCGUCCCGUCUGCAGCCCGGACGCCUGCCCGGCCACCUGAGGCCCGGCCCAUUCAGCCACUGCAGCGGGCACCCAACCUGCCCUGGCACUGAGCCCGAGGUGACAUGGAUGGCACGCCCGCCCACUGGAAGGCUAGGCUAGGCUAGGCCAGCCAGUCUUGUUGAUGGGCUGGCCGCACUCCAAAACAGCAAACGAACAUUAACCUCCCACACGAACCUCAAAACCAUCCUCACCUCGACCUUGCACGAAAACACCAACGCUUCCCUCCCUACCCUUUGCAUGACCGCCUCGCAAUACAGUCGCACCCAACCAUGGCCGACGCGCUCGAGCCGGUCAAGGGCUUCUUGAAUCGCGUCCGCGGUGCCGUGUCGCGGCGCCGUUUACACAAUUUGACGGGCCUCAAGGUCGUUCAUGAUCCUGAGAAUGCAGAGAUUGACAUCGUCGCCGUCCAUGGACUCGGCGGAGAGGGCUUCCGUAACUGGGUGUCAGCAGACCCAGGCGUCAAGGGCAAGCCGCGGCCGUGGCUCGAGCAGCUGCUAGCCCCCGAUAUGCCCAAGGCCCGCAUCAUGACGUUUGAGUACAUCUCCGACGGCGUCAGCUACAGCUUCGUCGUCCGGACCAUCGUCUACGGACAGGGCUACAACCUCGCCCGCUCGCUCGCCCACCGCCGCAACCUCGAGCCCUCGGCCCGCUCUCGCCCGCUCUUCUUCAUCGCCCACGGCCUGGGCGGCUGGAUCGUCAAGCGCGCCCUCGUCAUCGCGGGCGAGGCUGUCGACAUGGAGAUCAGGGACCUCGAGCUGUCGGCCUGCGGCGUCGCCUUCUUCGGCACCGUGGCCCCCGGCCUCCCCUCGGCGCCUUCGCCCAUCGCCCGCGCCCUCCGCCGCACCACGUCGGAGCUGUACCAGGACUCGGGAACGCCCCGCCGGGGUGACGAAUCCGAGAAGAAGCCCCGUAUCAAGGACAUCGAGUGGCUUACGACCCAGAUGGAGGCCUUCAAGGCCAUCUCCCCCGACCUGCCAUGCCUGUCCUUCUAUGAGACUAAGAAAUCCGAGGAGGGCUUCGUCGUCGAGCAGCGCCACUCCAUUGCCGGCUCUGACGGCUCGCAGAUUGGCCUCAAGGCCACCCAUCAAGACUUGGUGCGCUUCAAGGGCAGAGACGAAAACUACAAAACGUUUAUCGACAACUUCCGCCGCAUGGUGGACGGCGCCAACACCUCCGAGCUGCUUAAGUCCAAGCGCAAGCUCUACGCCAUGAGCACAGGGACCCGUCUGGAAGUCCUCUCCAGCGACUUCGCUAUUCCCUAUACGCUUCCGGAUGCAGGAUCAGAUGUGCCCCGCGAGCGUCUGCUUGGCCGUCUAAACGAAAUCCUCAACCCCGACAUAGAUUCAGACAAGAUGAAUCGAAGCAUCGUCAUCCUCUGGGGUCCAUCCGGCACGGGAAAGUCGACCCUGGCGCGACAAUACACAGAGAGCAACAAAGAAACGCUGUCGUUUGUGUUCUGGGUUCGCUCCGAGAGUUGGGAGACGGUCAUGGCGAGCUAUCUCGAGCUUGCCAACACGCUCGUCGAGCACUACUCCAAGUCGGCAGAGCGGGAGCAGGUCGAGAGAGACCUCGGACUCACCGGAGUGCAGGAUAUGCUCAAGGUGAAGAGCGCCAGGGACCUGGACAUCCCGCGAGCCAAGUCGGUCGUGCGUGCCAUUAGGAACUGGCUGCUCCGACCGGGCAACACGGACUGGCUCCUCAUCUUUGACAACGUCGAGAUGUCGUACGACAUUUUCCAGUUCAUUCCCUUGACGAUGUCCGGCAAGAUCAUCUUCACGUCUAGAAAUAGCAACUGUUGCUCGUGGGGCGCGAAGCUCCUUGUGGACACCAUGACGGAGCAAGAGUCGAUCGACCUGCUGGCGUCCAUCAUGGGGAAGGGGGCCGUGGAGGACCCUGUGCAGAGGGACGCGGCUGCGCGUGUCGUCAGGCAGCUCGAGUACCACGCGCAGGACGUCAGCAUGGCGGCCUCUUCGAUGCGAAAUAAGGCCUUGACCGUGUUGGAAUACCACACGCGGAUUGAGUCCAAGCUGCCGCUGAGCGUCUUUGGAUCCACCAUUGAUCAAUCUCCUGUCACGCGUACGGUGCUGCGCAUCAGCGCUAUGCUGUCCGACUCGGUGAUUCCCGCGGCGCUGUUUACUGUGUCGUCGCUCAAGACAGUGCCGGCUCGGUUCGCAAACGUCUUUGCCGAGAUGAAGGCCUUCCAAGAUGACCACCUCGACGACGUCCUGGAGUACCUGCUAGACCACGACUAUAUACAAACUCCGCCCCCUUCGGAGUCGUCCGACUCCAGCUCGGCAUCCUCUCCCUCCUCGCAGAGCUCCUCGUCGCUUGGCUCGUUCAUCAUGGACUCGGCCGCACGAGACCACGUGCGUGGUUUGCUGACGCCCGAAGAGAAGUUUGACAACGCCUGGCUCGCCUGUAACGUGUGCGCCGACAGCAUCCAGGAGAACGAGUCCACGUCGCCGACCCUGCAGAAGGUGCAGGAGUUUGCGAGAAUCAUGGCCCCCCACGCCAAGACGUGCUAUCACGACUGGUCGCGCGUGCUCGAGGGCCCGGACGACGACGUCGACGGCAACGAGGACGUUGCGUGGCACGUGCUGGGCAGGGUCUGCAUGACCCAGGGCGCAUUGGAGCAGGCCAUCGGAUGCUUCGAGCUCUCGCGGCAACACGCGUCUCGUCUUAGCGACAUGGAGCGCACGCAGGCGGCCCUCUGUCUCUCCGUGCUCCUGCACCAGAAUGGCGAGUACCAGCGCAGCAACGAGGUGAUCGCAGGCAUCGACAUCAACCUCGAGUCCGUCGACCGGGCGCUGGGCUUCCGCGUCGCCCUCACGAGGGCCGCGUUCGCCGCCGAGCGGGGCGAGCUCGACUACGCCGGGGACCAGUACAAGACGAUUGAAGGCCAGCAGGAGGAGCUGCUGGGCGCGGCGGACAUGACGACGGUCGCCACCGUCGAGGCGCUGGCGGCGACGCUGACGCGCCUCAAAGACUUCGACGUGGCGCUGCCCUUGUACCGUCGCGUGCACCUCUCGUACCAGAAGACGUUUGGCGAGAGCCAUCCCAUGACGCUGUAUGCCCUCGAGGCCUUUGCCCGCGCAUCCCAUGCCGCCUUUUCCUUGGACGAGGCCGAGGUCAUGUUCAACAAGUCCAUCGACAUCAAGACGCGCCUCUUUGGUCCUGACCACCCGGGCAUCGCCACGCCGCUCCAGUCCCUCGCCGUCAUCGACGACUUCCGCAAGUGCUUCUCCAGCGCCCGCGACCGCUACCUGCGCGCCCUCGGCAUUGUCGGCCCCUCCCUCGGCAGGGCCCAUCCCCUGUACCUCACCAUCAUGGAGAACCUCGCCCUCAGCCGCCGCUGGGAGGGCCGCGACCUGCCGCCCCCUCCGCCGACCCCUCCCAUGAACCCCCUGGCUCGUCGCCGCCGCAGCGCCUUUGCGCAUAAGCGCGACGAUGCCGACGACACCGCCGCCGACUCUUUGUCCUUCUCCCCCUCCCCAUCGCCCUCGAGCACCGCUCCCCUGGCGGAGCCCUCGCUGUUGAAUCUCGACGACGACUACGAAACCUCCACCACCUCCUCCCGCGCCUCUACCCUCACCGCCACCGGCGCUUCCUUUGGCGACAGCGGCAGAAUCUCCCCGCAGGCCCUGGCCUUCAACGAGUCGGAGCGCGUGUACAUCGAGACCAUCCGCAUCAAGCAGCUGGCGCCCGAGCUCUACACCCAGCGCGACGUCGUCUCCACGGCCGCCAAGCUCAGCGAGAUGUACGAGCACGAGGAGUUUUACGCCACCACCCACCGGCAAAAGGACGCUGAGCUCCGCGAACUGGUCCAGCAGUCUGCCAGACGACGCGUGGGGUGGAAGCGCGGCGACCCGAUGCGGGUUCCAUGAAUCGGCUCUAGUAACCCGCAACACACACACCCAAAAAGGCCAACGGAACCAACUCACUCGUCUACUUGCUUGCUUGUUUUGAUUUGUUUUGAUCGUUUGUGUUCCCUUUUGGGAUUUACGGGGGGCACGCACGGCACAACGACGUCAACGGACGUCCACACGGCGGCACUUCUAUCUGUCCGUCAGUCUGCCUGUCUAUUUCCUCAGUUGAGACACCAUGGCGUUUACCGACGUACGCUCUGGCGGCACCAUCCCCUGGUCUGAGCUCCCCCUGGUAUGCAUACUGCUUGCAUCUCAUGCAUGAAGCGAGCGAGCGAGCAAGUCUUGACCUGUUGUUUAUUGGUCUCACUAUGCGCCCUGGGGUCGUGUUUUUUUGCCAUUUUCCUUUCCUGUCUGAGAUACCCCCCCCCCGUCCGAACUGGUACCGCUACCGUACCCGUACGUAGCUAGGUAGAUAGCUAGCUGUGCUUUAUACACGAGUG